AAAAGAAACAGCAGUUACAGGUAUAAAAACUUAUUGACGCAUAUGAAGCCCUCAGUAAUAUUCUGUAUUAAGUCGCGAUAAUGGCUUCGAAAAUUGCCGUAGUUACUGGUGCAAAUAAAGGCCUUGGUUUUGGAAUUGUUAGAGAAUUAUGUAAAAGAAAUGUUGAAGUGGUUUACCUCACCUCAAGAGACAUACAACGCGGAAAAGAUGCAGUUACAAGUUUAGAAAAAGAAGGUUAUAAACCUAAGUUUCACCAGCUUGAUGUCACUGAUGAAGAUAGUGUCAAAACAUUUGCCGAUUUUGUGAAGGCAAACCAUGAUGGUCUAGAUAUUUUGAUUAACAAUGCGGGCCUGUUAGAUGCUAACUACUAUAAAGUAAGCUAUGAAGAUGCAAAGAAAGUUAUAGAUGUUAACGUCUAUGGAAAAAUUUUAAUGCAGAAAUAUUUCUUUCCGCUAUUAAGAGAUAAUGGUAGAGUUAUUAAUAUAUCAAGUGAUUGGGGACACAUAAAAAAUAUUCAAAAUAACGACUGGGUUGAACGCUUAACUAAAAAGGAUAUCAAAUUGGAGGAUGUGUAUGCCUUUAUUGAUUGGUUUUUGAAUUCUAUUAAAAACAACACACUAAAAAAGGAAGACUUUUUUGAAAAUACGGUUCUGGCAUACAGGGUAUCGAAAGUUGCAGUUUUUGCACUAACUCGAGUGCAGCAAAAUGAGGUGAAUAGAGGGAUUUCAAUUAAUUCGGUUAAUCCGGGAAUUGUUAAAACGAGUAUGACCCACGGAACUGGGGAUUUCACAGUGAGUGAAGCCAGUGUUACACCUGUGUUCAUAGCUCUUGAUAUUGAUCAGUCCGUUAAAGGGAAAUUCAUUUGGUACGACAAAACUGAAGUAGAUUGGGCAGACCACAGUUUAAAUGUUAUAGUUCCAUUUGAUAAAUUUGAACAAGGAUUAGCAGAAGUAACUAAAUCUUAAAUCUUAUCGAUUUAGCUUAAAAAAAGUAUUAGAUCUAGUUUUGUUUAUAUAUCAGAAAUUUGUUUUCCUACAUUAUAUGGCGUUUAUCUUAAGAUACAGUCUCAUUCUGAUUUUAAUCAGAUAAUAACAGAAUUUUGCUUAUACAUAUUAAGCAUGAUACAGCAGUUUUAUAAUUAAACAGCAGAUAACCUUAACCUUUUCAUUGUAUAAAUAACACUAUCUCAUAUAAAUGAACUGGCAGUUAAUUGCAAUUGAAUUAAGACGAGUGUCGCAAUAUAACAUAAAACUCCCCAAUACUGUUACUGGUAAAAGACAUUCUUCUGAAAGAUGGCAAAUAAGAUUGCUAUUGUUACCGGAUCCAAUAAGGGUAUUGGAUUUGAAAUUGUUAAGGAAUUAUGUAAACGGGGUG